AUGGACUUUUUCGAGGAUUCCCAACCGAGUGACUCAGUUACUGAUUCCCGAUUCAGCGAAACUCUGGUGGAGAUUUUUGAGAUCCUCAGCCAAGUUCCUGAUCUGUUUCAGCUGCUGUGUGAUUCCAUUUUUCCCAAUAUCACUGGAAAUGAUCAAAUCAAGAAAGGGCUCGUGCUAUCUUUGUUUGGUGGAACAGAAAAGUUUGAUCCAGAAUGCGAGUGCGUUCACGUGCGUGAUUACAUACAUGUGCUCCUUCUUGGAAGUCGUUGUUCGCAGAAGAAUCAAAUUCUCAAGAGCAUAACUUCACUGAUGAACGAAACGUCGUGUUAUCUAGUCGGCAGCUGCUCGUCACUCAAACUCAUCGCAACCAAUACCAAGCGGAGAAAGUGUUUGCCGGAUGAACCUGAUGCGGCUUUUAUUUGCGACAAAAAAAAAAUUAUUUGCUUAGACGAGCUGGAAAAGAUGGGGAAACUGCAACAGCAGAUUGUUAAACAGUCAAUCGAUCACAAGAAAAUUGGCGUUCGAGAUUCAAGAGGUCAAGUCGCUUUUCAUCCUUCCAAAGUUUCAAUCAUAGCCACUGCAAAUCUUCAAUUUGCUGAAUACCAUUUCGAUAAACUAAUUGAAAAGAACACCCGAAUUCAACCGGAUCUGGUUACGACAUUUGACUUAAUUUUUCUCGUAGAUAAUGAGAGAGACAACAACUCUAAAAAUGAUUUGUUGGAGUACCAGAUUGAAAAGAACCGAAUGCACAAAGUGUCAAUGGAAAAAGCAAAAGCUCGAAAAUCAAGAGUUUCUCAAGCAUCAGCAAACUUUGAAAGUCUGGUUGAACUCCAUCAAAGUGGCCAGCUCUAUGGAGGCGAAAAAAUUCUGCAAGAUGAUUCUAAUGAACUGCUUUCACUGCCACUCAUUCGUAAAUACAUUUCAUACUGCAAUGAGAUUGUUCACCCAACAAUUGAUGAUGAUUUGAAGAAAAAUAUUCAGCAAUUCGUCAGCACAGAAAUACUUGAACGCUCAGAAUACAAAUUGUCGCUUCUUCGCGUUUACGAAACCGUUUGUCGACUAAUUGAAGCACAUGCAAAGCUUUACAUGCGUCAAACUGUGAUCUACGAGGACGGCCAAGCGGUUCUGGACAUUUUAGAAAAGUCCAUGGCAUUGACUAAACUAUCUUUGCCUGUUAUAACCAAGAGAGCAAACAGCAAAAAAGGUGUUUUGAGGCCAAAAGACUUGUACCAGGUCAUCUGCAAUGCUUCCAGCUACUUUAAAAAGAAACGUUUCACAGUCGAGGAAAUUGUGGAACUGAGCCUGCAGUACAUCGAAGGAAAUCAUGAUCCGAAGGUAAUCCAAAAUGCAAUCUACAACUUGAAUGAACAGGCGCUGCUGAUCAAGCGAUCCGAUGGAUAUGAAGUGGCCUAA